AUGUGUAAAGCAGUGCAGUGGGGCGCCCCGGUGGCUCACCGGCCGGUGGAGGUGGAGCUGAUGGAGGAAACAGAUUCAGCGGUGGUUGCCAUGGCAGCAGAGCUGACUCAGGACCAGGUGUCGUGGACCAGGGGAAAAGGGGACGCUGUCUCCUUCAGAUACAGGUCAGUGGAGCGGCCCAAAGUGAGCGUCUACCCAGCGACGAGAGCUGAUUUAAAGGGCCGGCGCUCCCUGCUGUGUGUGGCCAGAGACAUGGUCCCUGAGGAGGUCCAGUUCUCCUGGAGGAGGAGAGGGGGGGGCGGAGGGGGGGGGAAGGACGGGGAGCAGCUGGAGCCCAGAGGACCGACAUACCCUGCCAGCAUCCUGGUUAUUGAUCAGGGAGAAACCCUCAUGGAUCCAUACAUCUGUAGUGUUCAGCAUGAGAGCGGUCUGCAGGAGGUGGAGUUCCCAGAUAUAACCUUGACGUCAGAAGGCCACGGGAUGACAGAAAUGACCUUGACUUCAGAAGGCCCCGGAAAGACAGAUGUUACCUUAGCGACGGCAGUAACUACGGACCCCCGGCGUCCAGGGAGACCCAGAGAAGGUCCUUCAGAUGAAACACACCAGUCCCUCCAGGUGCUGUCCAGAGCCAGGCUGGCGUCUGUGCUCUACACAGUGAUGGUGGUGAAGAGUGUGCUCUGCUGCUGUGGCCUGGCUCUCCUGCUCCUCCACACCAACAAGACCAGCAGGACGCCCAGAACCAGCACCACCACAGCGCUGGAAUGA